GUGCCAGGUGAAUCCUGGCGGAGCGGGGAGGCCGAGCCGGGACUCGCAGCAGCCGGCGCGCGGUGCGAGCUGCGGCUGCAGGUUAAGCUUCACCCUCGGCGCCCUCGUGGCUUCCCCCUGGUGUGCGCCCGCGGCGGCCUGGCGAGAGGAAGCGCUUGGCCUGAUUCGUUCAACUUCGGGGGCAUUGGCCGCGCUCUGGCCGCCCUCCCGGGUCUCGCCCCCCCCGCGCCCCUGCAGCUUCUCGCUUCCCCGGGGCUCCGGAAGGGAAGGAGGCGUGUCCGGAGCAGGCGGGAGGGACCGGUAUAAAAGUGCUGGCGGCGCGCCGGGCCGAGCUUCACUUGCCGCCUUGCGCCUGGACGAGGAGCGCCGCGGGAAGCACGGGCCGUGGAGAGGGCGCUGCGCUCGGGCUACCCAAUGCGUGGACUAUCUGCCGCCGCUUUUCGUGCAAUAUGCUGGAGCUCCAGAACAUCUAAACGGAGUCGCCACACCGCUGCCUGGGCUGGAUCACAGCGCUGCCUUUCCUUAUGAAGAAGACACAAACUUGGAUUAUCACUUGCAUUUAUCUUCAACUACUCCUAUUUAAUCCUCUGGUGAAAACUAAAGGGAUCUGCAGGAACCGUGUGACUGAUGAUGUAAAAGACGUUACAAAAUUGGUGGCAAAUCUUCCAAAAGACUAUAAGAUAGCUCUCAACUAUGUCCCCGGGAUGGAUGUUUUGCCUAGUCAUUGUUGGAUAAGAGUGAUGGUGGAACAGUUGUCAGUCAGCUUAACUGAUCUUCUGGACAAGUUUUCAAAUAUUUCUGAAGGCUUGAGUAAUUACUCUAUCAUAGACAAACUUGUGAAAAUAGUGGACGACCUUGUGGAGUGCAUGGAGGAACACUCAUUUGAGAAUGUAAAAAAAUCACUUAAGAGCCCAGAACCCAGGCAUUUUACCCCUGAAGAUUUCUUCAGAAUUUUUAACAGAUCCAUUGAUGCCCUCAAGGACUUGGAGACAGUGGCAUCUAAAACUAAUGAAUGUGUGCUUCCUUCAACGUUAAGUCCUGAAAAAGAUUCCAGAGUCAGUGUCACAAAACCAUUUAUGUUACCCCCUGUUGCAGCCAGCUCCCUUAGGAAUGACAGCAGUAGCAGUAAUAGGAAGGCCGCAAACCCCCUUGGAGACUCCAACUUGCAGUGGGCAGCCAUGGCAUUGCCGGCAUUCUUCUCUCUUGUAAUUGGGUUUGCUUUUGGAGCCUUAUACUGGAAGAAGAAACAACCGAAUCUCCCAAGGACAGUUGAAAAUAUACAGAUUAAUGAAGAGGAUAAUGAAAUAAGUAUGUUGCAAGAAAAAGAGAGAGAGUUUCAGGAGGUGUAGUUGUGGCUUCUAUCAACACUGUUACUUUCGUACCUUGUGAAUCAAGCUGGGUUUAAGACGAAGCUCUCGAUUGUUGAGAAAUUAACUCCUCACACAUUACGAGUGGUGAAAUCGGAGGUGGCAUUCUCCUUCAUAAAGUAUUGCUCGUCAUGUCCACUGAGCUCUCUCAAGACUGAACUCAGGUACCACCACCUCCAAAAAGCCGACUUCCCAUAUUUAUGGCCAGCUCAUUAUAUUUCAUGUGACAGUUCAUACAUCAUGGAAUGCCCAUGUAAUACACACUAAUAGGACUUCACAAUUACUUUUAUAGACGUUUUGUGUCCUCUGCUAAACCAUAAGCUCUUAUAGGGCAUGAUUUGUUUCUGAAUUUCAUUUUGGAAUCCCACCAAACUAUAGAGCUUAUACUUUGUGCAUGCAAUGAUGAAUAAAUAUUUGUCGGCAAGGAAAAUGGAAAAGAUGGGAAUCUCAGAAUUGCAUUAAUGUGAGAACAAAAUUUAUGAAAAUAAAAACAAAAAUAGACACAGGAAGGAUAAGAAAAAGACAAAAGAUCCAGCUCGUCAUCCUGAAUCUACAGACCCUAAAUUCAAAAUGUAUAGGUAUCAUGUGUAGUCAUUUACUGAGUACCCAUUGUGUAAAGCCUUUUGCUUGUCCCUGUAUCAGCAGAGGUUUUUAAAACCUGCCAAGGAUCUUGAAGUAUAAUUUGGGAAGAGGGGUGUGAUAAAGGAAGAGGUUGGUGAGGGCAGAAUAUAAGGUGGUAGGAGAGGAAAUAUACCAAGAAAUAAAACAGUAGUAAAAAGCACCAAGAUUGAAAUGUCAUUUGCAGUUGUUGCUAUGCAUUUUUAAGAGUAGAUAUAAUUUGGAUUAUAGCCAUUUUUUUUAGUUUACAAGGAAGGGGAAAGUUCAGGGAAUGAGUCAGAUUUAUGGCAGGGAUUUCUCCCUGAAGUGUAGGUUUCACCAACUAAAACAAAUUAAGAUAAAUAUUGUAGUACUAGAAUAGAAAAUGGAAUAGUUAGUUCUUUAAAUGAAAUAACCCAUAAUUGGAAGGUGAAGAGAAGGAGGGUUUGGUAUUUUAAAACGAGGAAAGAAGGUGGAAAGAUUAUAAGGUAAUGAGCUAGAAACAAAAGAAAUUGGCUCUAAAUGAAAAUAGAUUAGAGUGGUGUCUAUUUGACACCGAACAUGACAAUAUCUACACAAAAAGUUAAAAAUAGAUGUAAUCGAUGAGCUGAUUUCAAAUAUUCAUAAGUGGCAUCCCAUAAGAAUUUUUCAUUUAGUAGCAGUAUAUAGCCAUUUGAGAAAGAAAUAAAAGAGUAUUUAUAGGAAAAUUUUGCUCUUCAUUCUUCCCACAAAUGUGAUUCCAACACACUCUAGUAAGUAGGUACAUGGUUGGAUGAAAGCUUAAUAUAACCGAGUUAUAUCCUCAGAUUGCUUAUGCCUACAAAAGGAAAUAAGGCAUAUGCAUAAUAACCUACUUUUAAAAGGAAACUAGAAGUUUAUGAACUUAAAAAAGCAAUGGAAGGAGCUUACAAGGCAAAUGCAAUAAGAGAUCAAAGGCAAGACCACUACUUACGUUGUAGAGGAUGUGUCCUUGACAUAGGUGUAGAAUGGAUGGAUCUCCUAGAACUAUACACAGGUACACCCAUAUACAGUUGCCUUAUCUGAAAGGAGAGAAAUCACUAGCAACAGGAGAAAGGCUUCAUCACAAGCUAGAUGUUGGAGGUGGCAGAUAUACUGAGCCAGAUCUUGGAUGAUGGGUAAAAUUUUAAUGGCAAUAGGAAAGGAGUCAUCUGGAUACUGCAGAUGGCAUAAACUGAGUCAGGGAGGCCAGAAGAUGCAGAGAGUGUGUUCCAGAGUUCAUUUGUACAGUUAGUUAGACUCCCAGUGGAAAGUCACACAUGAAGGGUUAAAAGGCUGAGAAACAAGGAUAUGGACAUCAGUUUGAAAAAUUCCAAGUACAGGACAUAUAAUUUAUGGAGUCAGGUAAGGAGAUGUUGGAGGGUCGGAAAAGAUGUGAGUGAUAUACAGUCAGAGCCAAGGUUUGGGAAAGUAAUGAGAAGUUGGUGUGGCCAGACAGAUGGAUGGAAGCAGUGAGCUGGAGUCAGAGAGUUCCUUCUACCUAGGAAGCCAACCUUCCAAACAGGUGAGAGAGAAUGAUGACCUGGACUAGGGUCAGGGCUGGGGGAAAUAGGAAAGCAUGAAGCACUUUGGAGAUAUGCAGUAAAAGAAUCAACACAUUUUGGUUACUGGUGGAAUGUGAGGCUUGACAUCACAGGUAGUAUUCAAGGAUGAUUUGGGGCCUAUGGGACUAACCAGGUGGUGGUGCCAUUAAAAGAAAAUAAGGGAAGGAGGUGUUAAGAAAUACUGACCAGUGGCUGAAUCUGUUAGACUGGAGAUUCAAAGAAUAGUCAGGGCUGGAAGCAAUAGAUUUGGGGUUUGGGAGUCAGCUACAAAGAAUUUUCAUUGAGACAUUGGGAGAAGGACUGCAUCGUCACGCCCAGUUUGGUUGACUGUAAAUAGUGUGACUUUGUAGACACUAGGACAGCAGUGUUUAAUGAUACUCCCCAGCAUGGUAAGUGCUGAAAAUAAUUAUUACAAUUAGGCUGAUGGAGAAAUUCACAAGAGAAACACAGCCUGGACAUUUCCUGCAGACCUGAGCUAAGACAGGAGAUAAUAGAUCCUAGAGUUGAAAUAUGGAUGACCUUGAGUCAGGGUUAGUCAUUUGGCACACAGGGCUUGGAAAGAUCUGUGACUCUUUACCAGAUGUUUCCCAAGAAUUUCCAGAGCUUUGGAGGAUUUGUUUUUGAACCCCUUCUGUAGACACAUUAGAAUAUAGAGGAUAAGAAGGGAUUAGACUUGGGUUCAGAACUUGGCUCUGCAACUAGAUAAGCUGUAGGUCCAUUGUCUUAACCCCUGGUUUUUCAGAGAUAGUAAAGGGAAUAAUAUGACUCACCCUGCUAAUUUCAUGAGGUUGUUGCUAGGAUCUAGGGUAUCAUUAUAAAAAUUGUAGUUUUUGUUCUAUGGGAGAACAGUUGUCAAACCUUCAAGUUUAUUUUCUUUGCUAAGAGACCUAGGGACAAAAUUAGAAAUAGAUUUCCAUUUUUGCUUCUCUACUUAAGUUUAGAAUUUUAAGCUCUUGUUAGCUUUUUAAAAAAAUUUAUCCUUUUGCUUUUGUGUGUGUGUGAUUCCCUUUUACUUUUUAAAUCAAGCUUUAAAAUAUCUGCUAUAUUUUUUGGAUUUCUGAAGUUUUCUUAAUGUUUCUUAAUUUUUCUUUCAGGAUUUAGUUCUCUUUUCCCAGGUGCAGGUUCUCUAGUUUCUGGAGUGUUCUCUGUUUGGUAAAUUGUCAUGUAAUAUGGUUUUUAGAAUAUUCAUUUAGAGAGACUGGACAAAAAUACUGCACUUCUUAUCACUUAUAGUGUGGAAUUUUACACAAUUUACAUAUAACCUCUGCACUGAUCUCAAAUAUUUAAAAACUGAGAUUCUGGGAUUGAUAAGGACAAAGAGAAAGAGUAUUGAGUAGGGAAGAAAAAGCAACAUACAUAUUCAUUUAGGGGUUGCGACUGAAAAAAAAAACAGUUAAGGAAGUAUAGAUUCUUGACUUGAAAGUUGAAAAUCCUAAAGCCGAGUCCAAAACUCAGUGGAUUAACACCAGUUCUGAAGAAAUGAAACAAUGUCUAGGUUUCAUGUUUCAACAAGUACAAUAAGCUCUGUUUGGCCAAAUGAACCUCCCCAGAGGCUUUGUCAGGAUCUGAUGCCAGGAUUUCUGUCUUUCUUUCCUUGGCUGACAGUUUUGAAAGUGAACUUGCAGCUGCUGUUCCUCAGUUGAGAGAAGCGACGGCUUGAACCUGGCUGGGCAGUUAACACACCAGCAUUGUUGGUGGUGAUCAGCUUCUCCACUGGUUAUCUCCUUCAUGCUACUCCAUUUCUCUCUAGACACUGUCUGGGUCUUUCAAAGCCUCUCCCCUUACCUACCACCUUCUCAUGGCCUGGUUAGAGAAAUUCAAGGUUACAAGAUAACCCUCUUACCACAAAUGGAAACAAUCUGUGGUAUGCAAACCGGUAAACAGGUGUGAAAGCCACCGGAUAUGCAUUCAACCAUCCUUAUGUUCAAAGAAUAUUUACUGAGUAUCUCCUUUGUGUCAGGCACUGUCCUAGGUGUUGGAGCACAGCAGUUAAAAAGACAGACAAAUGGAGUGC